AUGGUGGGAUCGCCUUUUACAGGAGGCAUUGAUAGACGAUUUUGGGCGUUCAGUGCGCAACAGCAGCUAACAUCCUCGGGCAGGCGCAGACGUCCGAGUACCACUGAUAGUGAGGACACACCGACAUUUGCUAUAGUUCAGGAUAGCAACAUAAACUUAGUUUCGCUGGUGAAUGUUGCUGUCAGUCCAUCGCCUUCGCCCAUGACAUCUCUCUCUACAUCACCGACCACGAUGCCAUCAUCGAGUACGUCUCCAACGUCAUCUACGAGUGCGAGCCCUUCCAACACCCCUAGUCCAACACAUACGGCUACUCCUUCCAGUACGCCCAGCCCCACUGGUACGACAAGCAUGUCUGCCAGUCGAAUACCCACACCAACGCAAAGCACCUCCCCAACCACAAGCGGAAGCCCAAGUUCAACCGCAAGCGUAAGUCCAAGUACAACCGCAAGCGUAACCCCAAGUUCAACCACAAGCGUAACCCCAAGUUCAACCGCAAGCGUAGGCGGAAAUUCGACCGUAAGCAUACCCCCAAGUUCGACCGCAAGCGUAACCCCAAGAUCAACCGCAAGCGUCAGCCCGAGUUCAAUCGCAAGCGUUAGCGCAAGUGUAACAGCAAGUGUAUCUGUAUCAGCUUCGCCUAAUGCUAGCCCAACAUCUUUGGUCACACAAUCCCCGACGGCAUCCGUCACCCCCAGUCAGUCUGCUUCGGUCACAGCGAGUGCGAGUGUGAGUCUUUCGCCCUCGCCAGAAUCAUUGAGCCUGAUUUACACGCUUGACACAGUAGUAGGCACGGAUACCACGAUAGGCUCAUGCCACUCUGGCGCGUACUUGUUCCUUCUCGUACCUUCCAAGGGCAUAAACGGUCCGCCGGUGCUGAUGAGAUACACUACCAGUACUCGUGCUGCGCCUGUGUUUGAUUUAGAUAUCCCAUUUCACCCGGAAGGUCCCAUUUCGUCCGAUUCAAUCAUCGUGUGCAGUGUUGCUCGGGUGGUUGUGAUCAGCAGGACGAGCUCGUACUGGUUUGAUGUCCAAGGCACUGCUAUCAGUAUGGAUGCAAAUGUCCAUAUUAGACUUUACCAUAUGGACACCAUCGGGGCUACAUGGAAGAAUGAGUUGUUCGCUGUAUUAGGUGAAGGAGGCAAUCUAAGACUGUUUGAUGUAGACGACGGGGAGCAGAUAAUAAGCAUGAGCGUGGUUGCUGAUAUCGCUAUAGUUAGCUCAAUAGUGGCGCUGCAGAAUGUGUUCAUUGCAAUUGUAGAUAAUAUGGAAGUUGUGGUGUUUGGUCUAGAUGGAUAUGAGAAAGUCCACAAUCUUUCCGAUGACUUCGGAAGUCCGUGUAGUGCGUGCAGAUUGGUGGUAGUACAGGAAAAUUGUGUGUUACUAUAUGAUCCGUUUCACUCUGGGGCUACCCUGCUGCGUUUAACCGCAGAUCGUGAGCUGGUGAAGGUGACUUCCUUACCGGGCAGUCCCAGUAGUAUCGCGAGCAGUGGGCAAGAGAUGGUCGAACGCCAGUACGACACGACUUCAGUCAGAGCCACCUACAGCUACACCAGUGCACUCGCAAAUCACCCAUACCGGCUCAGAUAUACUCCCCCGAGUACAGGACGAUACCGUGUUGAGAUCAGGAAUUUGACCUACUCAGGUGUAUCGGGUACCACAGAAGACUGCAGUGUUCCAGAAUACUUCAACUUCCCAUCCUCUGACCAUAUUAUUGACUUUAAGGCGCAGCAGGAUAUCAAAGUGCGCCUUAGUGAUGACAAUUCAGCUGCCACAGUGGACUAUGUAGAUAUCAAGUUGGACGGUGUCUGGGUGCCCGUAUGUGUGGCUUAUGAUAGUUGGAGUUUCACGGACAAAGUCUGUGCCUAA